AUGAACAUUUUCCAGAGUAGCAGCGUUGGCUUUCGGCAGGGCAGGAGCCUCGCCGAUGACACCCCCGCCCCAUCGGUGGUGCGAUACCCUAUUCUAGCCCCUGCACCCGGCGACGGCGGCACUCGAGCAUCACUGUCGUACGGAAUCGGCGCCAGCGCCGCUGCAAAGCAGUUGACGGACCUUCCAACGCUUCUGGCGGCUGCGCAGCAGACACGCCCCGUAGCAGCCAAAUCAGGUCGAAGUACGUUUCCGUCGGUGCCUUACUACGGCAUUCUCAGUCGGUUUGAGGUUCGCAUAGAUGUGUCCGUCGAGUGUAGUGCGCGAACACCGGCAUUGCCGAUCUCAGACGAGGCAGGGGCGUCUGGUGGGAUGCUGUUGCGCAAUCCUACCACAACGAUGGCGCGUAUGGCGCAAAUUCAGCGCCGCCUGCACGACGUCGCCGAGCGCUUUGGCAGCGUAUACCACCUCAGCAACUGUGCAACACUCUCGGAGAGCGUGAUGGCGCCAUUGCUGCCGAAUCAAGGUGGUGCUUCGUCAGCCGCAUCUGGCCACUCUCAGCUGACUUACGGGGCAUACGUUCAGGCACUACACGACGCUUUCCGACGCUUCAGUGCGCUGCGGCAGGCGUGCGUGACCAUGGAGAACGCUGCAUCCGGCGCCUGCGCUGCUACAAUCGGUGAUGGUAUGAUUACGCACCACACCUUCUAUGCGCGCCUUCUGGGCCAUCCAUCGUGGAAAGAUCUCAGCGCUCUGCUGUGCGUGGAGAGGGGUCGACUGCUUGUCUGCCUCAUCUCUUCUUCUCGGAUAACGCAGAAGCAUUUAACGGCGGCUUGCCGCACCGGUGCUGGGGUGAGGUUGGAUUGGCUUGGCGGGGCAGCGCUCAUGGCGGAGCCGCUUCAGCUGAUUCCUGGAGAUGUCAACCCAGUGUGGGCGGUGUGGGAUGCGUUGGUGAACCUACCGCUGCUCUCGCCGUCCUCAAGUAACCGGGAGGGGAACAAGGAGGGACUCACUAGCGGUGCUGGCGACGCUGCGAAUACCCUCGACAACGUUUCGGCAGGGGCGCGUGAGGUGCUGAGCAGAGUGGCUCAAACCGGCUCGGGCCUUUCCGGCUUUCACAUCUCGCUCAUGUCAUCGAUGCCCUUCCAGGGCGCUACGCGCUUCCAUCAAGUCGGUCGAAUCGUCGAAGAGGCACCCGUGUUUGCUCAGGAAGACCAGCCUCCGUCGUCAUCGCUGUCGGCGACGUCGGCGGCGAGGCAACCGACACGCCAGGCCGUUGUCGCCCGCCGCUACAUUUGGCGCCUCAUUCCCUCAACGCCAUCUUACCUCACCGUUCCUCCAACGUCCUCGUCCGCAUCAGCGCUGUCGCUGUCAUGUGCGGUGCUGCCCUUCUUCGUGUCGAAGCUGCUCCAAUGUCUCGUGGAGGAGUGCGGGCUCAUCGCCUUCGCGGUGCACUGCGGCGGCCCGGCGGAGGUGGCUACGCAUCUUGGAGCCCCAUCAGAGUCGACCGGAUCUACAGCUUCAGGUGCAGUCGGCGUGCGGCUGGUGCACAGCAACGCGCCAUCACUGCUCACGCUGCAUCAGGGACCCAGCUCCUCCUCGUGCCUUGCGUUCAGCCGUCUGAGCGGCGCUGCCUGGGUCGACGCUGAGACACGCGAGAGCCUGAGCCUCGGUGGACUCACCACUGUAUUUGGCGAGCCCGACAAGGAUGCCGUGUGGGACGAAGAGGAGGACAUCGAGAUGGAGUUUGAGGUUGUGUCGAUCCGCUACGGGCGGUGCGGCGAGCUGAGGACGAUGGAGGAGGAGCCAAAUGGAGUGAGAGUCGGGGCCGCCGCCGCCGCUGUUGAGAGCAGCGGUGGCUGUCACGGCAAGCGCGCUCGCUUCGAUGCCGCUGACACCCACGAAGAGGACCGCGACGAGGCCUUUGUACGGCCGGCGGAGUGGGGGCCAUCGUUUGCGUUUGGUGUGUCGGUGAAGCGACUCAUCGCCGUCGAUGAUAUUGAUGCGUGA